AAAAAGUUCUUUAAGCUACCACCAAAUAUGUGAGAUCCAAACAGGUUCCAUCAACUUCUUGAUGUAUAUAUAUGCAACUUAUCUUAUCUUCCAAUUUAUAUGCAAUUUUCCAUCUUUCACCAUCCAUUUUCUCUCCUAAAGCAUACCGAUUCAAUAAGCUAAUGAACUCAUUUAACAUAUUGCAUUAUCUCUCUUCCACAUGGCACUGAAAUCCACAGAGAUUUAUAAGCGUCGGCUUUUCUAUGUAAAGCCCAAGAUUUCUCCUGCAAGGAGGAAGAGUGAGAGAGAAGUGAGGGUAAUGAGCAAUCCAGUGAAGUUCGAGGAUGUCAGUGAGGAGUUGCAGAAGAUUCUGGAUGCUGAUAUGGACCAAGCGGGGCCCAGGCGUCGUGCUCGUGAGGCCUUCAAGCACAUUCAGCUCUCCAUUGAUCAUAUCUUGUUUAAGAUGCCAUGUGACAGGUUGAAGAUGACAGAGUCAUACGAUGUGAAUUCCAGAGGGUUGGAAAUAUUUUCGAAAAGUUGGGUUCCAGAAAGCAGUUCCCCAAAGGCAGUAGUGUGUUAUUGUCAUGGUUAUGGCGAUACAUGCACGUUUUUCUUUGAAGGAAUCGCUAGAAAGUUAGCAUCUUCUGGUUAUGCGGUUUUUGGUAUGGAUUACCCGGGAUUCGGUCUGUCAGAAGGUCUACAUGGCUAUAUUCCAAACUUUGACCUAAUAGUUGAUGAUGUGAUUGAGCACUACUCUAAGCUGAAAGAAAAACCAGAGUUUCGUCUUUUGCCAAGUUUCCUGUUCGGUCAAUCUAUGGGGGGAGCAGUAGCCCUGAAGGUGCACCUAAAACAACCAGAUGCUUGGAACGGUGCAGUUCUUGUUGCACCUAUGUGCAAGAUAGCAGAUGAAAUGGUUCCCCCAUGGCCGGUGGCUCAAAUCCUAAUUGGAAUAGCGAAAUUACUUCCAAAACAAAAGCUUGUUCCACAAAAGGAUUUAGCCGAGUUGGCGUUCAGAGAAGUGGAGAAGCGACAACAGACUGCCUACAAUGUGGUUGCUUACAAGCAUAAGCCUCGGUUAAGAACAGCCGUGGAGUUGCUGCGGACAACCCAAGCGAUCGAGCAGCAACUCGAAAAGGUGUCUCUGGCGUUGCUGAUCCUGCACGGGAAGGACGACAGAGUGACGGAUCCAUCGGUGAGCAAUGCAUUAUACGAGAGAGCCCGGAGCCAAGACAAGGCGCUCAACCUGUACGACCACGCCUUCCACUCUCUGCUCGAGGGAGAACCCGAUCACGUCAUACUCAAAGUCUUUAACGAUAUCAUUUAUUGGCUCGACAACCACUGCUAAACACGCACUCCAAUCGCGCUCCAGCUAAAUAUUCGUGCCGGAGCAGCAUUGAGGUACUCGUUUAAGGUACUUGAAACUAGGAUUCUCAGAAACAACUACUGCAGAAAAGUAAAUGAUUUUGCCAGAACUAUCAGAUAUUUUCAAAUGUAUACAGAUUCUUUAUUGCAUUUACCAAAAAAAAACGUGAUUUA